AUGGUUGUCUAUUAACUUGUUCAAAAACUAUCUGGAGUUGUCAAGGCUCAGGCGGACGGAGGCGAAAAAGUACAGUUUUGUUGAUGCUUUUUUCCGGGGGAGAAGCGACGGGAGAAGUUUUGUGGACACAACAUAGCAGGGACCUAUUGGGAGACGGCUCUUUGUCACGCACACACACACACACGCUCGCGCUCUCACUCUGACACACACUCUGUGAGAGAGAGAGAGAGAGGGAGAGAGUGUGUGGAGACUUAGCUUGGGUGCUGGUUGUUUUUGUCCAGAGGAAAAAGUUGCAGAGAAAAAUCGACAGGUAACUUUUUGCGCAGCAGCAGCAGCAGCAGCAGCAGCAUCGCGCUCCUCCUCACUGUCCUGCCUCUCUGCGGCGCGUGGACUUGUCUCCUCGCUUUUUUUCCUCUCUUGAGCUCGGGAGCUCCCGCGAAAAACAAAAAGCUCUUCCUAAUGUAUAACAUGAUGGAGACUGAACUGAAGCCCCCAGCUCCCCAAACCAACACGGGGGGCUCGGGCAACACCAACUCGUCCGGCACCGGCGCCAACCAGAAGAACAGUCCGGAGCGGGUCAAGAGACCCAUGAACGCGUUCAUGGUGUGGUCCCGGGGUCAGAGGAGGAAGAUGGCGCAAGAAAACCCCAAAAUGCACAAUUCGGAGAUAAGCAAGAGGCUGGGCGCAGAGUGGAAACUUCUGUCGGAGAGCGAGAAGAGACCUUUCAUCGACGAAGCCAAGAGGCUGCGGGCCCUGCACAUGAAGGAGCAUCCGGAUUACAAAUACCGGCCCCGGCGGAAAACCAAGACCCUCAUGAAGAAGGACAAGUAUACCUUACCCGGCGGGCUGCUGAGUCCCGGAGGUAACGGGAUGGGAGGUGGGGUAGGUGUAGGGGUCGGGGCCGGGCUGGGCGGUGGAGUGAACCAGAGGAUGGACAGCUACGCGGCGCACAUGAACGGCUGGACCAACGGUGGGUACGGGAUGAUGCAGGACCAGCUGAGCUACCAGCACCCGGGUCUCAACGCGCACAACCCGGGCCAGAUGCAGUCCAUGCACCGCUACGACAUGAGCGCCCUGCAGUACAACACCAUGACCAGCUCCCAGAGCUACAUGAACGGCUCACCGACCUACUCCAUGUCCUACUCCCAGCAAACCACGCCGGGGAUGACCGCGCUGGGCUCCAUGGGGCCCUCCUCAGUGGUCAAGUCCGAGUCCAGCAGCUCCAGCCCACCCGUCGUCACCUCGUCGUCUCACCGGGCCGCCCCGGGCUGCCAAAGCGGGGAUCUGAGGGACAUGAUCAGCAUGUACCUGCCCGGGGCGGAGGUCAGUGAGCAGAGCGCCCAGACCCGGCUACAUAUGUCCGGGCACUACCAGAGCACCGUGCCCGGGACGACGAUCAACGGCACGCUGCCCUUAACACACAUGUAAGCUGACAGACAAACCGAGAGAGAGAGAGAGAGAGAGAGACAGACACACACAGAGAAAGAGAGAGAGAGAGAGAGAAAGAACUUUUAUAAGAGAAACUGUGGACUAUUAACGUCGGACUAUUUUUGUACAGAAAAAUUUCGGGGUGGGAAAAAGUUGUAUAGAAGUCUCCAAGAAAAAGGACUCGACACGACUCUUUUAUUCUUUGAUUUUAUUCUACGGAAGCUCUAGAGGAACAUAGGAGAUCCCCCCUCUUCAAUGGUGGAUGAAGUUUGGAAAAACAAGAAAGAAAGUGGGAGUCGCAAUCAAAUGUUUUAUUAUUGCAAUCACCUUUUGUACAGUAUUUAUCAAAGAAACAUUACAAUCAGAUGAAAUUGUUUGUUAAACUGCAAGAGGUUGCAUUUUUUUCUUUUCUUUUUUUUCUUCUUUUUUUUUUUAUAAAUAUAAUAAACGCCAGUUCUGCAGAAAAUAUUAACAAGUGAAAAUGGCAGAGCUGCGUUUUUUUCACAGGGGCGAUCAGUUAUGCUCCUUUUAUCACUGCAGACACUGGAAAGAAAAGGGACAUAAAACGAAGCAGGUAAUGCUGUUUAUUUUUUAUCAUGUAAGGUUACUAAACAUUUAAUUUCUUAUUAAGAAAAAAAAAAAGAAACGACACUUUUUCUCUCAUUCUGCAUAAAAAUAUAGGUUGUUAAUUUAUAUCUCCGUCUCCCACUUUUCAUCUGUUAGAGGUAUGACGCUUGUGCUCUUUAUUUUCUAAUUGAUUUGUACAAUUUCUGUAUAUUUACUGUGAUAUUUUAAGUUUUUAUUUCCAAACAUUCAUUCCCGUAGUUGUAUUUUAAAAAUUGUGGCCUGUACGCAGAAGCCAACCACUCCAUGUAAAUAAAUACCGGAACUAAUACCAUCCUUAUAACAGUUACAAUUUCAGCUGAGUAUAUUAUUUUUCAAUAUGCAGUUUGAAAUGAAUAAAUUUUGGAAAUUUGGAUACUUGAAA